AUGGCCGUUUCUCGUUCCCCGGCGACCGUGGCCGGCGAGGUGUACAAGGUCGGCGACGCCGCUGCUUGGACCAUCGGCGGCAUUGAUUAUCACCAGUGGGCUUCGUGCAGGGCUUUUCACGUCGGCGACAUUCUGAUUUUCGAGUACAAUCCGGAGGGGCACAACGUGAUGCGGGUGGGGCGGGAGGAUUACAAGUCGUGCAACACCGCGUCGCCGAUCGCCACCUACGCCUCCGGCAACGACUCCAUCAGGAUUAUGGGCCCCGGCCACUACUACUACAUCUGCGGUUUCGAAGGCCACUGCCAGGGCGGCCAGAAGGUUGACAUCAGAGUUUUUAAAGUUCCUCAGCCCACUGAGGUGCCGAGCGGCGGAAGCCCCGCCCUGUCUCCCCACCACACUGUAGCUCCGGCUCCGGCGCCGGCACCCGUUUCCGAUAUCUCUCCGCCUGGCCCGUCGCCGAGCGGUGGUUCCCGUCGCCUUGGGGCGCUUCGUGAUGUUGCGUUGCUUUUUGGGAUCUCUGUUUUUCUAGUUUAGUAUCUGAUGAUGAUGUUUCAUAGGCUUUAAUUUUGUCGAUUUUGUAUUUUUCUCAGAAUAG